CAUGACUUUUAUUUUGUUAUGAGCUGCUCCACCGGAAGGGAGCGGUGGGACCAACGCGAGCCGAUUGAAAUAUGGCGUUAGGAGAUGCCUGGAAACAAUUAUCUUGGUUUUAUUACCAAUAUGUGCUCGUAACAGCGCUGUAUAUGUUGGAGCCUUGGGAGAGAACUAUCUUCAAUUCCCUCCUGAUCACGGUGGCAGCGAUGGCCGUCUACACCGGUUAUGUGUUCAUGCCUCAGCACAUAAUGGCCAUAUUACACUAUUUUGAAGUGGUCCAGUGACAUCAUCAGCCGGGACCAUCGGGAUGCUCGCAGCCUUCACCUGGUGGCCAGGAAAACGAACUGCUCUAGAACUGUUCACCACGAUGUCUGUGAUUUACUUUCAAACGAGGACACCUGUGUAUGCUGAAGGAGACCAGCGCUGAGGAGUGUAAUAGAGGCCUGUCUGAUUGUGUAAUUAUGUGUGAUGAGCACAGUCUCCUGCAAAAACACACACUGCCCUUGCUAGAAAUGUAUCAUUUUAUAUAGAUAUAUAGUAUGACUGUUUUUUUUUUUUUUUUUUUAAAUAAUGCUUCUUGUUUCAUUUCAUGACGGUGGUUUAUUCAGAUGAUAAAUAUUUUUUGAUAUAAAUGUGUAUAUUUAAUUGUAUACAUGUUUGUAAAGUUUUAUAGAGAUUUAUUUUGGCUGACCUGAAAUGAUUUGGUUUGCCGUAGCGGACUGAUGAAUUAUUGAUACUGUUUUUGUCAGCACUGGAAAUCUAUUUUAAUCAGACACUUGUGAGUCAUGCUGUAAAUAAUUACCUGCGCUGAUGUGUGAUGUCAUUGUUGAUACUUCAGAACUGGUUGCUCAGGUCAUAAACCGAAAAAAAAAAAAAAAACUUAAAUAAACUUUCUUUAAUCAACUUGACCUUUGGUGUUUGGGGUGACUUUGAGGCAUUUAUUCAGCAAAUGCUCAGUGUUUCUGUCUGAGAAAUUUCAGCUAAACAUAUUUUGAUGUAUGAAAGUCAUUUUUUUUUUUUUUUUUUUUUUUUUUUUUUUUUUGGAUGUUUCAUUUUUUUUCUUCUGUUAUCUAAAAUUUUGAUGCAGUUUGUAUGUAAAUUUGUAUGUAUUUUAUCAGUAUGUAAAUGUUAACAUGAGUAAGAGAUGCUAUUAUCUUCCCAUUAGUUAUGAAAUACAAAAUUAGUUAUGAAAUAAAAUGUAUGCCUGAAUUAAAAGAUCUUGAAGAUAUUUAAUGAACUAAUUUAAGUCUUAUCAGCUGAUCAACAUUAUGUAAUAAAGAUUUAAUCCAUUUCAAAUUAUAA